AUGGUGAGUUUAAAUUCUGGUUUAGCCUCGUAUCAUAAUAAUGGUGAGUUUAUAUUCUGGUUGAUAGGGAACUUAGAGUACACUUCGGCCCGAGGUUCGGCGAACGAUGCCCACGUGGACGAUGAGUGGGCCUGGGGAGAGCGGCUGUGCACACUCACCUUACUGCAGGACUGUUGUAUGACCUUUGAGAAGCGGUUUACAGCCAAGGGACUGAGCACACUAGUGCCCACGUGUGGGGACAACGCGAACAAGGCUUGCGCGGUGGUUUCACCAACACUCCUGGGGAAUACCCAGCACCCCAGGGGGGGUAGGUUGGCAGACUCAGACUCCGAUGGAUCUGUUGAGCCACGGGAGAGAAUGACUGACCAGCCAGCGCCGGGGGUGCGGGAGUCUGAUGCGGAGGUGGUGCAUUUCAUUGUUAACGUACAGCUGCCUCGGUGUUCCUUGAUAGUUAGCCAGGGCGACAUGAGACACAAGUGGACUCAUGCGAUCUUUAGGUGUGCGAGUGUGUCUGUGGUCAUGGUUGUGAGUGAGCUUGAAUGCGCCAUUGCGGUGGAUGUGUGUGGGUAUGAUCUAAUGUUUAUUGUGUUACGUUGCGAGGUUUAUCUCCUUUGAAGCACCUUGGCUUGUAUACACGUCG